CACACACACACAUAUAUAUAUAUAUAUAAUAUACAUGAGUACAGAUAUAUGAAACAGUUUAACUCUAUUCUCCAUUAAUCUUUGUACUAAAUCUUGUAAUGGCAACAAGCAUGAAUCUUCUUGUAUUUGCAACGGUGUUCAUUGCAACACUUUUACACCUUUCUCAGGCGUUGACUACACAAGAUUGUGACAAUUCCAUAUCCGUUAACACCACUAAAAUCCAUCUGCUGUGUAAUCGUCAGGCACUCCAGCAAAAGAUCCUUGUGCAACACGAUGCCUCGGAUCCUCGUAGAUUCGUUGUCUGCAGUGACAUAAUGGUCGGUUGUGUUGGAAUAUGCCCGAACAACAGACUGUUUGAUAGCGCUAGCAGAAGUUGUAACAUCAUUCCUGCUGAACAUUGUAAACCACCCGCAUCGGCUCGCCAAACGACGGAACUUUUAAAAAUUAGUAAUUCUUGUGAUUUAAAGAGUAAGACAUGCGAUUAUCUUCCGUAUCCCGGAGAUGACAGUUCAUUCAUAAUUUGUGAUAAAACUUAUCCCCCGAAGAAAGGUAGAUGUCUUCCCGACACCGUAUUCAGUGCCAAUCUGAAAGCUUGCAUCAACAAUCGCGCCAUUGUAUGCAAAUCUAAUGUCAAACAUUGCAAACCCAAGGACCCGAAGAUAAAUUACCCAGCAAGAGAAUUCUACUUUGGUUGCAUUGAGGACCCGAAAUCCUUCAUACAGUGUACGAUGCCUGGCCAAGAAUUUCGUAAGACAUGUAAAAAUAAGACAGUAUGGUGUAAUCACAUACUGACCUGCUGUAUACCAGAUAACCUUCCACUUGAGCGCUAAUACAGCAAUUACACCCAUACACAUACAUACAUUCAUGCACACAGAUACACACAUAUCACAAUAAGUCAACAAUAGUUGCCAAUAGCAACGGAAAGAGGACUUGGUUUUAAAUAAAUAUGUGAACUCUUAUAUAUUGUGCACUUCUUGAAUUCGUUCAAAAAAGUGUUACACCCCCCCCCACAUAUAUAUAUACAACGCACACAUUAUACGUAUAUGCAUAUAAACAGAUGAUAUAUACUAAACAAUAAUAAAAACAAUAAACAAUAAAUAAAUAAUAAAGAAAUCAUUAUAUAAUA